AUAAAAGCUUUUUAUAGGAAGUGUGAAUAUAAGUCGGCGCAGUGCGAAAAGGUUACAUUCGAAAAAGUAACGGGACCUAGGUCAGACGGCGAACCGUUCUACUUUAUAAUCCGAUGAAGCUGUUUUGCGUUGCCAGAAGCGAUCGCAACAACGUCGAUCCGAGACAAAGGGACAGCCACGACAGACGAGCUUCCGGGCGCAAAACCAUUACGGACGCGACAGCAAAAGUAGACGAGCGCUGGCGAGCCCCAGCGGCGCGGGCACAUCUACAACGCGGACUGACGCUGGCAUGCAGUGGUCGCGCGUGCGGGACCGGGCGCCGGCACGCCAACGCACAACGGAGGAAAGAUGCAGCUUGCGCGCGACUAGAACGAUUUUCGGAAUAAAGUUUUCGCGCGCACGCGACAUCGGGAGUGAUGCAGUGGCGUUUCCCUCGGCAGAGCUGGCGCACAGAGCAACGCAAGCGAGAAGAAUGUCCGUGCGCGCCUGCGGCGGCGCUCGUUAAAGAAAUAUAGGCCGAGUAUAACGGAUGAGCAGAAUGCGGUGGCAAAUUAUUUGGUGUCUUUCUCUGGUAUCGAUCGGUUCAAUAAACGCCCGUAGAAACGACGACGAGGAUCCCACGACCGAGGCGAGAUUGGCAACUAGUACCAUCUCCGAAAAAUCAACGCAAGCUUUGCCAGGUCUGCUGUACCCGAGAGAAAGCGAAUCGCGCGAGGUCAAAUCUUUGGAUGGUUUUUGGGACUUUGCGCUACCACCAAGCGAUGACGCGCACAAGGGACACCGCGAGAAGUGGUUCGCCAGCCGCUUGUCAAAGGUGGCCGAGGUGAUGAAGAUGCCCGUGCCAUCGUCCUACAACGACAUCACCACGUCGCGAGUGCUUCGAGAUCACGUCGGUCCAGUCUGGUACGAGAGGAGCUUCUUCGUGCCGGCAUCCUGGAGGAGCAAGCGAGUGUUCGUGCGAUUUGGAUCCGUCAAUUAUUUAGCCGAAGUGUGGCUGAACGGCAAGUUCAUCGUAAGACACGAAAUCGGCCAUCUGCCAUUCGAAGCCGAAAUCACGUCGACGGCCUUGUACGGCGAAGAGAAUCGCGUGACCGUAGCCGUGGACAACACUCUCGUUCAGACGAGCGUGCCCCAAGGCUCAGUCGUCAAUGCGUCCACUGACAAUGGCACCGUUAAGCUGCAGACUUACACUUUCGAUUUCUUCAAUUAUGCCGGUAUACACAGACCGGUACUGUUGCACACGAAGCCAGACGUUUUCGUCGAGGACAUAACCGUGAGCACAGGACUGGACAGCGCUGUUGGCGUGCUCAAAUACAGCGUCGUGAUCGCCGGGCACAGUCACGAAAACCCAUUCUGUCAAGUAAACUUGCUCGAUAAGGACAGCGAGCAUGUCGUUGCCGGACCUUUGGUCGGUACCGAGGGAACGAUAAAACUCGCGUCGCCGCGACUUUGGUGGCCGAGAUUUAUGAGCACGGAGACUGGAUAUAUGUACAAUUUAGAGGUAAAAGUCGUUGGGCCGAACGUAACCGAGCCGGAUAUCUACCGCCUACCCGUAGGAAUUAGAAGCUUGAAAUGGACCAACGCGUCGUUUUUGAUCAACGACAAACCCAUAUACUUCCGUGGCUUUGGCAGACACGAGGAUUCGGCGAUUAGAGGCCGUGGCUUGGACUUGGUCACCACUGCGCGCGACUACGAGCUUCUCAAGUGGGUCGGCGCCAACUCCUACCGGACCAGCCAUUAUCCCUACAGCGACGAAGUUCUCGAUCACGCCGACAAAAUGGGCUUUAUGAUCAUCGACGAGUGCCCAUCAGCAAACACCGACAACUUUUCAACCACGUUGCUGAAGAAACACAAACAAGCUCUGUCGGAACUCAUCCGAAGGGAUAAAAAUCGACCGUCGGUCGUCAUGUGGUCGAUCGCCAACGAGCCGAGAACUCAGCUUCCCAACGCCGGGGGCUAUUUCAAAAAGAUCGCUCACCACACCAAGACCCUCGAUCCAACGAGACCCAUCACCACAUCGCUCAACCGCGAAGUCGCUGAAGAUAAGGCAGGCGCAUACGUGGACGUCAUAAGUUUCAAUAGAUACAACGGCUGGUACCAGAACACUGGCAGACUCGACAUGAUAACGAAUCGAGUUGUCAAGGAGGCCCAAUCUUGGCACGCCAAGUACGAAAAACCUGUGCUUAUGUCAGAAUACGGCGCCGACACUAUGCCCGGCCUUCACGAGCUGCCGGAGUACGUGUGGAGCGAGGAGUACCAGAUGGAGACGAUGUCUCGUCACUUCGAAGCUUUCGAUAAACUGCGCGCUCAGGGCUUCUUCGUCGGCGAGUUCAUCUGGAACUUUGCCGAUUUCAAAACUUCUCAAAAGUAUCACCGAGUUGAUGGCAACAAGAAAGGAAUUUUCACUCGUGACAGGCAGCCAAAGAUGGCAGCCCAUCAUGUACGUAAGAGGUAUUAUGCACUGGGUAAAGAAUUGGAUACGAAGACUGUAACCCCAAAUGACCUUAAAAAGUAUAUUUUCGAGUACGAUGUUUUAUUCCAUUAGCAUGUAAGAUACGAUUGUAAGACAAGAAAAUGCCUUGGAAUGUACAAUGUUCGAGAAGAUCGACAACGCUUAGUUCACUUUUAGCUUUGCUUAAAAUGAUUUAUUUAAGAUGUGCACAUAGGAUAAACGGGUAUGUAAGUUUAUUUCUUACGAUUUUCAAAAAUAGCCUUAUCUUGUUUAUUACUAAUAAAAGCCGUAAGAAACAAUUUCGUUCAUAGAAAUAUUAACGUCUCGAUUUAGAUUUAGAAAAGAUAGUUGAUUAACGUAGAUCGCGAACAUCAGAAUUAUUUGUAACGGCGUUUGAAUUCUCGUAAUUGUUGUGGAAAUAAUAAUAAUGUAUUUGUCACAUAUCAAAUAGAUAUUGUCGAUCAAACUUGUAGGUUAUUUUAUAACUAUGAUACAAGUGAUGCUGUUACAAUUAUGGCAAUUGAAAGGAUAUUACUAGUGACAGUACUCAUCAAAAUGCUAUUCUCUAAUUCCAGAUAUCCAUUGUAAUCGUAAUUUAAUUAGUUGAUAGCACUCAUAUCUUGAUAUUAAAUUUAAAAAAAUAUUGCAAAAAUAUUUUUUUACUGAUAUCUAGUGAAUAUAAUUAUAAAUGUUGAAAUGUGUACAAAAAUCAAUUAUAUUACUAAAUAAUAUUGAAAAAAGUUGUAUGUAAUAAAAAAUGUAUCGUUGUAUUUGUAGAUACAUGCUGUACUGUAUUAGAAACAUAAAAGUGUCAGUCGUUGUAUUAUUUAUGAAUUCGAAUUACUAUUUAAAUCAAUAAUGUAGAUUAUCGAUAACUGAAGAUCUGCGAUUAUUACAUAUUGAUGAUAAAUGAAGGUAUUAUUUGAAAACAAAAUACAAUGACGAUUUGUCCUCGUGAAACGUUCGCCAAGCGACAUUGAUUUAUGAAUAAUGAAAAAUUCAAAUAAAAUUGUUGCUUA